CGCUCCCGGCGCUGAGGGCUGGGCUCGCUUUGGUUCGGAGGGCGGAAGUGCCCGCGGGGCUGUGCUCUGACCCCGGCGGCGGCGCCCUGUGCGGCUGCGCGCGCUCGGAGACUUCUGCUCCUGCGCCUCUGCAGGACAGUGAGAGCCCCGCAGGCAGGCAGGACCCGAUUGAGCGUCUUCCCCGCUGCUGCGGCGAGCCGGAGCAGAGCCGGCACCUCGGUUUGGCUUUGGUUGAAGAAAGAUUAGCCUAUAUGUACUGCUUUACCCACUGGAAGAAUGACAGAUGACAAAGAUGUGCUUCGAGAUGUGUGGUUUGGACGAAUUCCAACUUGCUUUACUCUCUAUCAGGAUGAGAUAACUGAAAGAGAAGCAGAGCCAUACUAUUUGCUUUUGCCAAGAGUCAGUUAUUUGACAUUGGUAACUGACAAAGUGAAAAAGCACUUUCAGAAGGUUAUGAGGCAAGAAGAUGUCAGUGAGAUAUGGUUUGAAUAUGAAGGCACACCCCUGAAAUGGCAUUAUCCAAUUGGUUUACUAUUUGAUCUUCUUGCAUCAAGUUCAGCUCUUCCUUGGAACAUCACAGUACAUUUCAAGAGUUUUCCAGAAAAGGACCUUCUCCACUGCCCAUCCAAGGAUGUGGUUGAGGCUCACUUUAUGUCGUGUAUGAAAGAAGCUGAUGCAUUAAAGCAUAAGAGUCAAGUGAUCAAUGAAAUGCAGAAAAAAGAUCACAAGCAGCUCUGGAUGGGACUGCAGAAUGAUUUGACCAGUUUUGGGCCAUCAACCGGAAACUCAUGGAAUAUCCUCCAGAAGAAAACGGAUUUCGUUAUAUCCCUUUUAGAAUAUAUCAGACCACAACUGAGCGACCUUUCAUUCAGAAGCUGUUCCGUCCUGUGGCUGCAGAUGGACAGCUGCAUACACUUGGAGAUCUCCUCAAAGAAGUCUGUCCUUCCGCAGUCGCCCCUGAAGAUGGAGGGAAAAAGAACCAAGUGAUGAUUCACGGAAUAGAGCCGAUGCUGGAAACCCCUUUGCAGUGGCUGAGUGAGCAUCUGAGCUACCCAGAUAAUUUUCUUCAUAUUAGCAUCGUCCCCCAACCAACAGAUUGAAGGAGCAGGUCCUCACCGAAUGAAGCCACCUUGAGUCAGGACUUAACGGAGCAUGUCACCCUUGCUUCAGUCAGGGUCGAUGGAAGCAACAGAAACUUGUGGCUGCUGCAAGCCGAGGAGGAAGAAGAUUCCAUGAGAGAUAGGGCACCCUGGCAGGGCUGACUGCACCGUUGCUUUGCUCCACUGCCGUCAGUAAACCUCAGCUGAGACACGACAGGACCGCUAGAGCCUCGUCUUCUCAUGAAAUACAAUGCAGCUGAAGUCUUUGCUCGAUGAAAAAAAAAAAUUGGAAAUGUGCCACAGUUUGUAUUCUGAUUAACAAAUAAAUGGGGUAUUUCCUAAGGUGACCAUGGUUGAGCCUUAGUCAGGAGAGUGGAAACAUUGGUUGAAUUUUCAAGAGAAUUAGACUUAAGAAAGUAAAAGAGAAAUUCUGUUAUUAAUAACUUGCAGUAAUUUUUUUGUAAAAGAUCAAAUUACAGUAAACCCAUCUUUCCUUAAUGAGAAUUUCCUGUUUACAGUCAGUCUUAUUGGUAUGCAAACAAUCUUGUAACUUUGAUAAUGAACAGUGAGAGAUUUUUAAAUAAAGCCUCUAACUAUGUUUUGUCAUUUAAUAACAUACAGUUUGUCACUUUCAAGGAACUUCUGAAUCUCAUACAGUAAGCCACUUUUUCUUCUGUGUUUCCAUUUCUCACUGGCAUGGCAAGGGUACAGGGCAUAGGGUAACUUGUCUCAGGAGCUAUCAUAAGAUUUAUUACUGCGACUUGAAAAUCUGUCUUCUACACUAAGGGUAUAAGUAAUACUGUCUGUCUGCUGUUUUGUUGGUCACUGUAAGCCUGUCAAAUCAUAUGCCAAGUAUCUGUCUACGAUGAUUUUGCAUAUUUCGAAUGUGUUCCUUUCCAUUUUUUUUUCUUUUCUGGCUCCUGGACUACUGUGUCAUUGUAGCCCGCUGGCAGCCAGUCUUUAAAGCCUGAAGGUGACCUGUCUCUAGACUGCAGUAGCUUUUCCUUAUCAUUACCAAAAACAUCCAGAGGUUACUAGAACUCCUCCCACAGUAAGGGAAGUUUGCUGCGCUCUACUGAUGGCUCUUGGAGACUCCUGCAGUUGGUUUGUGAGCUAGCUUGCUGUCUUCAUUGAAUGUCUACCCAUCUGAGUAUGCUAAAAGACAAUAUCAUAAAAUAAUGGUUUUAGAUUCUACAAUAAAAAUGAAUGUUUUCUUAUGAAAAUUA